GUCCACAGACACAGCGCUGAUUGAAGGAGCUGAGGGGAGCUCAUUUUCAGAGCGCGUGAUUGUGUUACAGGGGCUUCACUUUAUUUAGACUGUCACCGGUCAGAUAGAGAGAGAGAGAGAAAGAGAGAGAGGGACUGACAGUAAAAAGCAUCUCUACACGCCUUUAAAAGUAGACAGUACAAACGAGAAGAAACGGGGCAUAGGAUUUUUGGCAAACUGACCUUGCUUGAGUGUAAGGGAAAGUGUAUUUUACUCCCAGGAGUAAGGACUCUCUUGUGGAUCCUAGCGGCAUUUUUUUUUCCCGUGCGUAAAAUAAAAGUUUAACAGCAAGGAGAUCAUUGGAGAGGAGUGGAGGCUCUGCAAACUCUCCGAUUACUCUCCGGGAUUGUUGUAAAGCUCUUAUCGGACGCCCACUGGAGGAGAAUAUAUAACUUUUGAGGACAUUUUUUGGAGAGACACGGACGGAGGCGGGUUGGUUUAACGGAGAGCGGAGUGAUCCUCUUCGCUGAGCUGAGAGAAGUGCGCGCUGCGCCGGGUAGCAGACUGACCCAAAGGACGGCAACCUCGGAGACAAGGUUAUGACGGAACUGAGCUGAACAUGGAGCUUUUCUGGAUUUUGUUAUUUUCUAGUGUCUGUCCUCUUGCCUGGGGCCAAGGAGUUUACGCUCCAGCCAACGCUCAGAUUGUGCAUUCAGGCGCUGCAUGUAACGUCAAGGAUGAUAACAUCAGUGAGAGGAUCUACACCAUCAAAGAAGGAGACACACUUGUGCUUCAGUGUAUUGUUAAAGGACACCCACGACCACAGAUACGAUGGACGAAGACGGCAGGCAGUGCAUCAGACAAGUUCCAGGAAACAUCCAUCUACAACGAGACUCUGCGCAUCGAGGGCAUCCAGAGGGUGCAGGGGGGUCGCUACUACUGCAAGGCCGACAACGGGGUUGGGGUGGCUGCCAUCAAGUCCAUCCGCGUAGAUGUGCAGUACCUUGACACACCAGUUCUGACGGUGCACCAGACCAUCAGCGACGUGCGGGGCAGCUACUACCAGGAGAAGACGGUUUUCCUGCGCUGCACUGUCAACUCCAACCCUCCUGCACGCUUCAUCUGGAAACGUGGGAGCAUGCUCAUCGAACAGAGCAAGGACAACGGAGUGGACAUCUACGAGCCGCUUUACACUCAGGGUGAGACCAAGGUGCUGAAGCUGAAAAAUCUCAGACCCAAGGACUUUGCUGAUUACACAUGCCAGGUGUCAGUCCGCAAUGUGUGUAACAUCGAGGACAAGUCGGUCACCUUCAGGCUCACAAAUGCAACAACGCCCCCAAUGAUCCGGCUGUCAAUGAACGACACAGUGGUGGUGGAUCCUGGCCAGGAUGUGCUCCUAACCUGUGAGGUGACGGCAGGUUUCCCCCUCCCAACUGUGUUGUGGUCACGUUACCCAGGCCCUCUUCCUCUCAGCGCCCAAGUCAGGGGGCCAACGCUGAUUUUACGUGCGGUCACGCCCUCUGACGCAGGUUUCUACAACUGCACAGCUGUCAACAAUGUGGGCAACCCGGCUCGCAAGAAUGUCAACGUAGUUGUCAGGACGAUGGGUAACCUGACCUUCCAGAUUACUCCUGACUCCAACAAGGACAGCGAGACCAUCCAGAUGGGUAGGGACCUCAAGCUGUCGUGCCACGUCGACGCCACCCCACAGGACAAGGUCAACUACACCUGGUACAAGAACAGUGCACCUGUGUUCAAUUCGGAUAGCCUGAUCUUGCUACGCAGUGACCCCGACAUGGCGCCUGGCACCAGCAGCUUGGAGAUUGUGGACAUGAAGUUCAGAGAUUUGGCUACCUACAGCUGUGUGGCAAACUUCCCAGGCAGCAGGGUGCCAGAGCUCCGCGUGGAUGUCAACAUCUCGCAGAACAGCGUCUCUCCACCAGUGCUGUCCGUACCACCAGGAGGGCAGGUGGUGAAUGUGCAAGAGGGGGGAAACGCUGACCUGGUAUGUUUGGUGGUGGAUGGCAAACCACGCCCACCUAUACUCUGGUCACGCACUGAAAAGGACCUGCUGAUGGCAUCAGGGCAGACCAUGGUGGAGACACCGGAUGGGCGCUUAAGACUAAAGAAUGUCAGCAGGGACAUGAUGGGGCUGUACCGCUGCCAGACUGCUCCAUACAACGGGCUUAACAUCAAACGCAGGGAGGCACAGGUCCAACUCAAUGUCCUGUAUCCUCCCAUACUGGACCCGGUCUUUCAGGACAUGCGGUCCAGGAACUAUCAGAUGGUGACCCUUAGGUGUACGGUCCUGCGGUCCAACCCACCUCGGCUAACAGAUAUACGCUGGUUCCGAAACGGUGACUCCAUCCGCAUGCCAAUGCCAGACCUGAAGGAGACGCCGGAGCUCAAGUUCAAGCUGGAGCCCACGAACAAUGGCUCUUACGAGUGUCGAGUCAGCAACAGCGCAGGGACAUCAACAUGCACGUUUAAUGUCUCAGCACAACCCUACAAUGCAGAAUUCUACUUUGACACGCCAAACCCAGUCCGAAUCCUAAAAGGAAACAACUACUCCUACAUCUUGCAGUGGACACAGAAAGAUCCAGAGGCCACUGACCGAAUCAUAGGAUACUGGAUCAAUGUCCGAAAGAACAAGCAGAACCUGCUGUCCAAGCAGAUAGACCUCAAGGGAAAGGAGCCGGAAAAGGGUGUCCUGCUGUCCCACACUAUAUCAGACCUGAGGAUCCCUCUGUCCUACGAGGUCCGUCUGGCCCCCAUCACCACCUACAGCACCGGGGACUACAUCAGUCGUAUCAUACAGUACUCAGAACCCUACACCUAUCCCAGACCCUCAGACCAUGUGUGUGGUUUCGAAGAUGAGCGGAUCUGUGGUUUCACUCAAGACCGGAGCGAUGUCUUUGACUGGACGAGACAGAAUCACCUAACGCAGAAUCCCAAGCGGUCUGUCAACACUGGCCCGGAGACUGACCGCAGUGGAACCAAGGAAGGAUAUUACAUGUAUAUUGAAGCAUCAAGGCCGCGUGUUCAGGGCGACAAGGCUCGUCUGCUUUCUCCACUUUUUAAUGUGACUUCAGUCAGAGGCCCAAAAGGCUCCGGCAGGGUUCCAUACUGUGUCUCCUUCUACUACCACAUGAAAGGCAAGCAUAUUGGUGCUCUCAAUGUGCUUCUGAGAGUGAGAAGCAUCGCCUCUGUGGACACGGUGCAGUGGACGCGGUCUGGUCAUCAGGGCCCUGACUGGAAGAAAGCCUUCUUCGACAUCAGCCCCAGUGGACCGUUCCAGAUUGUGUUUGAAGGAAUUCGAGGUCCUAAAUACGAGGGAGACAUUGCCAUCGAUGACGUGUCCAUCACCAUAGGAAAAUGCAAGCAGGGGAACACUGUAGCCAGCGCAGGUAAGACAGUUCUGAUCGGUGGAUCUCACUCGCUCCCAUUGGCCAGCUGGCUGACCUUUGGCCUCUCCUGCUUCCUGUCGCUGCUCUACAGAUGAUGAGCACUUCCCACAGCACCUUUUGUCUGUAGUGACAGACACUGCCCUGACUCGCGCUCUUUUACUUCUUUCUCAGCCCUCCUCCUUCCUUUCCCCUUUCCUAAUCUCGCCCGUCUCCCUAAGUGUCUUUCCUUCGCCACACAUCCUUCUAUCCUUCAUGCAUCCGUUUCAUCCUUCUUCUUCUUGCUGCGAUAAAUGGUAACACAAAUUCUUUGUCUUGUUCUUCUGCUCUGCUUUCUUUGAACAUAUCCCCCUUAAGACUUCUAGCAUAACCAACUGACGCUCAUACUGUAUUUAGGAUAAUAUAGUUAAUGAUCUUUGACUGUCAAAACCUCAUACUCUCUCUUUUGUCGCUCUAUUUAGUCUUAUUAGAUUGACUUUGUCCAUGUCCGUGUGUCACUUUGUCACCUUCUCCUCUCCGUCAUCAACCUUCUUCAUCCUUAUGUGCACCUUCUCAUGUACUCACCUCGUCCCAAUCCCCCAGACACACCAAAGUGUCGGACACUCUACCAAAGAUGACAAAGGACCUGAGGGAAUAAAGCGAGGAAACGGGGGAUUCCAGGAAGAAAGUGAAAGACGUAGGAAAAAGAAGGAAAAAUCCUUCAAGACUGUCUCCCUUCUGUCUCAACCUUCGAGACUGUGGGAGCCACUGAAUGAUAAAGAGACAGAUGGGAAUAUAAACUGAUGGACGAAUGACAGAAUAAACAAAUGAACUGUGAGGGAAGAACAAAGCGGACGCAGAGGGGAAAAGAAAUGUGCUCCUGGUAGCCUCUCUGUUUGCCCUCUGCUCGCAACAAGAGACAAACCUCAGUGCGGAUUAUACGUGUACAUUUAUCUCUAUAUAUAUUAAAUAUAACAAAGUUUAAACUAAAACACAACUAGGACAGUGGAGGACUUUACAAAGUGGAAUUAAAGAAGCACAACGUUUAUACAACCUCUGCUGUUCCUUUGGGUUUUAUUCUACUUAUUAUGUCGUGUUGCAAUUCGUCAGACCUUUUCAAUGUUUUUGAUAUUUUGCUUUUCUUUUUUUUUGUUUUUGUUUAUAACAUUAUGAGGGUCAAAGACAGAGGGUAAUAAAGUAUUAUAUUAAUAUUAAUGAGAGGCAGAGACGCUGAUUUGAGAUCUAGAACCGAAUGUGAGCAUGAGGAGGGAAAUAUGACCCAGAAGCCUCUUGGAUUGAAACCUCACAAAGUUUUCUUUACAAAUACCGAACACACAUACAUACUGGCACACACACACACACACACACACACACACACACACACACACACACACACACACGCACACACACACUCAGUUGUCUUUGCUGACAUCACAGCAGGGCCCUCAGCUCAACUUCUGCCUCAAAUACAUGUCUGCUCUGUGAUUGACCCAGAAGGAAAACUAUGGCAGAUAGUUGCAACGCUCUCAUUUCUUCUCCCUCACCAUGAACUUCCAUUCAGAGGACAACAUGACUCAGACGUCUGAAAUGAUUGACCACAGUAGAGUAGUCGGACAUGUCUCCAAAGAAAAGAAAAGAAACACUGUGUGCUACAAGAGGCAGGAAAGAGCCUGGAGGUCAGAUGAAUAAUGAAUGAUCAGAGAGCUCUUCUUUCUCCACAGGUUAUUGAAUGUCAUGUAUGAAAUCUUCAUACACAUGUGAGCGAGAGGUGGAGAAGACUGUCAGUAUCAGCAGGGUGUGCAGUGUGGAUUGCUUCCUCUCAUGAAUUAAUUACAUUGAAUGUCUGUAGUGGAAAACAAUUUCAUAAUCACAUAGAUAUGAUUGUUAAAAGUGAAGCAAUACUAAUAUCUAUAACUCUAUAUACCAUUCAUAACGUUUCAUGAAUUAAAGCUGUAGCUUUCU